UCUAAGCUUUAGCCGGGAGUGGGCGUGCGGCGCGUUUCAAACAUGGCGGAUCCCAUGGAGUUGCUGAGAUGUGUGCGUGAUAGCCAUAUAGCCGAGCACUUACUGGAAGACUCUCUGCCUACUGUGACUUCUGCUGAGCAGAAAAAAGUGGAGAAUAAUGUUGGUGCUCUGUUCAACGCCUACAAGAAAAACCAAGAAAAGAUCCAGCUUGUUCUGGAGAGAGAGCCACACACUCAUUACUUAAGGAAGGGCCUACGGUACCUGUCUGACUCCUAUGAGUGUCUAGAUUCCAGUCGCCCCUGGCUAUGUUAUUGGAUUGUACAUAGUAUGGGGCUGCUAGAUGAGCCGAUUCCUGAGUCUUUGGCAUCUGAUGUUUGUCAGUUCCUAACACUGUGUCAGGAUCCCAAUGGCGGAUUCUGUGGAGGUCCUGGGCAGCAGCCACACCUUGCACCCACAUUUGCAGCUGUUAAUGCACUGUGCACUAUUGGAACAGAAGAGGCCUUUGAUGUUAUUAACAGGGAAAAGCUGUUGGCGUUCUUAUGGUCUCUGAAACAACCAGAUGGCUCUUUCACUAUGCACAUCGGCGGUGAAGUCGAUGUCAGAAGUGCCUACUGUGCUGCUUCUGUCGCUUCACUCACCAACAUCAUGACCACCGAGCUGUUUGAUGGAACUGCUGAAUGGAUUGCAAGGUGUCAAAACUGGGAAGGUGGCAUUGGUGGGGUCCCAGGAAUGGAAGCGCAUGGUGGAUAUACUUUUUGCGGAGUGGCUGCAUUGGUUAUUUUACAAAGGGUUCACCUGCUGGAUCUGAGAAGCUUACUGCGAUGGGUUACGUGCAGACAAAUGAGGUUUGAAGGAGGAUUCCAGGGUCGCUGUAAUAAGCUGGUGGAUGGGUGCUAUUCAUUUUGGCAAGGGGGAUUGUUGCCUCUUCUUCACAGAACUCUCCAUGCUGAAGGUGACUCUGCAAUCAACCUGGCCAACUGGAUGUUUGAUCAGCAAGCACUGCAAGAAUAUAUAUUACUGUGCUGUCAGUGCCCCAAUGGUGGCCUGCUAGAUAAACCUGGCAAAUCUAGAGACUUUUACCAUACUUGCUAUUGCCUCAGUGGGUUAUCCAUAGCACAGCAUUUUGGCAGUGGGGACAUCUUACACGAACUCAUAGUAGGAGUACCAGAAAACCGCCUGCAGCCGACCCAUCCUGUGUACAACAUCAGUCCUGAUAAAGUGGCUCGGGCAGUCGUGCACUUCAUGAAGAAGGAAGUUCCAGAGACGCCAAACUCCAGUAAAAACUAGAGGAAUAUUGGUAUAGCCAACAGAAAAUUAAACCCACUAGCGUCUUUAUUACCAUUCAGCCAACAUCGCAAGGGCCAUACAUCCUAUGCAAUAAGGCAGCUACUGUAAGCAGCUAGAAGGUUCUAUAGUGUCUUAUCGCAUGCCCUUUUAAUAGCAGAAAGGUCAGCAAGUAAUGAGGGGUUUUCUACUAGUAAUCUAAUAAAUGCUUCACUGUGUGUUCAAGUAUUUGUAAUACCAAAACAUGGAAGGAUGCAACUCCCAAGCCUCUGUUCAGAACCAGCAGGGACUAAGGGCAAUUUACAUACAUUUAAUACUGAAAUGACAUUUGCUUAUAAAACAAAUGCU